AUGGUUGAGCUAAGCACUCUGAUUUUGAUACUUAUGGGAUAUAAACUAAAUGGAACACCUGGGAAUCACAGAUCUAAUAAUCUAAUAACAACCAACCAAGUUAUUAUAGAACGAGACUAUGAUUCCGUAGUCUUCCGCUCCCUACAAGAGAAACACGGAUUCGGUCUGAUACGCCGGCGAUACGGUAUCAGGAACGUGCGAAGUCGCGGACUCGGACUCGUCGGCGACCGGGGGCGGACGGCGGCGGUGCGGCGAGGCGGCGCGUCGCCGGCGGCCGUGGACGAUGGUGGGAGGCGGCGGCGGGCAGGGUCGCGCCCGAUACUCCGAUUUAACCCUGCGCUUUCCCUGCCCCUGGAUGCUGCACCAGCACCACUGCCGGCGGUAGCUUGGGAGGACGGGUGGAGGCAUUCGGCAGAAGGUACGACGAGGUUGGAGAGGAUGGAGGUAGGAGUAGAGAGUACUACUUACAGCGCAAAGCCUCCGCUUGACCAGGGCCGCACAGGAAGCAGCGUCGGCGUCGUGGGUCUUGGACGGCCUGGAGGAGGAGUGGACGAAAGCCAGAUGGAUGGUGGAGUCGUUUGCCGCGUCGCAGCAGGUGGGGUCACCGAUCUUCCCUCCACAGAACUCGAGUGUCUUGGUCAGAGCUACGGGCUGGACACCUGA